AUGACUGCUUCGAGAAAGCCAACCCAAUCUCUUGAAACGAUUUUCUCCCAGUCUAUCCAAGUACAUUGGUGUCGUUUUCAACUGCCGGAUUAAGACGGGUUAAAUCUAUGACCUUGUCAAGGUUAAGAUUACCUGAAUUUAUCGAUCGAAUCCAGUGGUAUUUUCGGAAAUAAACCCGGACUAACGACAAAUUUGAAGAAAAAAAAGACCCUAAAAAGCAUCAACAUUUAAUUUGAGUGUAAAAUGUCCUAUAUUAGUACAUUUACGUCAUAUCACAAAUUUCAGCUCGUUAGGGUGAGUAGACACUGUGAAAAUGUAAAUAAUGGUUAAGUUUACGGGCAUUCCACUUAAGUUACCACAAACAAAUAAUCUACAUGAAGACUUAUUUUGGUUAAAAGGCAACAAGUUGGUUACUUACACGGGUCUAGAAGUCGAACACCGGGUCUGCCGAGAAACAGCGCCAGCUAUUGGUCAGAGGGGGACUAGAAUCGCGAUCGCCUGAUUGUGAGUCCAGCGAAGAAUAUGCUAAUAAGCCCCCCUCCCCAUCCCACCAAAAAAAAUAAAUAAAAUAAAAAAAUAAAAAAUAAAAUAACAGAGAAGUAAAGGGAAAUCCAAAAACGUAUUUACAAUAUAAAGCCUAAAAUUACGUGAUAGAGCUACAAUAGUUACAAUAAAAAAGCCUAAUUGCAUAAAAGAGCUUUAACUUAACUAGCGGACUGCUUUUAUAAAAGCUGACAAUGUACUAAGACCUACUAAGGGAUCUUAAGGUAUCAGAAAUCUUGUUCCAACUAAUAGCCGCCACUGAGUAUUUCACCGAGUUCUUGCUAUAGCAAGUCGUAUUAGCUAACUACAUGUAUGCUGAUUGUCAUCAGAAUAGUUAGACAGCUUUGCCUCUUUGAGGAAAUAAAAUAAGUCAUUUAUAAAGAUAUUAAACAAUAAGGGUCCUAAAACGGAGCCCUUAUUGGACACGGUGAGUGAUAUCAAUAUCUUGACCAGUUAAUUCAAUUGCACCGAUGGCUUUAAAGAUUUCGAGGCAUAGUUUCGCGGUGUCGUUCGCCGAUUCAUGUUCGUAGAGUUCGGGGAAUCCAACAAGUUUUUUAUUAUAUUGGUAGCUGUAAUUUUCCAUGCUUUCUAUUGCUUCACUAAUGUUUUUGACUUUUUCAUUAACAGCUUCAAUCUUCUUACCGAGUCGCUCUAGUUUGGCCAUUGCAUUUGUUUUGAACAAAAUCAAUUCAUCGUGCUUAUCGCUAAGGAAGUUUAAGCUCUUCUCGCCUUCACGACUCGGAGUAGCGUUCGCGUUAGUUGGUGGUUCACCCGCUAAUUGUAUAGAACUCUGCUGAAGCAAAAGUUUCAUUUGCCCAACCUCUUUGGAUAAAGCUUGUUUUCGUUCUUUCAACCUUAGAUUUUCUUGUCUAAGCCUCUUGACUUCACCCAUAACAUCGAUAUUACAGAACCUACUUCAUGCCGCCAUCCGCCAUGCGGAGGUUAGGCCUUACACUCCAUUCCCAAGAAACCUUAGCAUUGUAACUCGACUUGGCGCUUUUUUAAAAAAACUCUUCUCUUUUGGAUCUGAAAUGAAAUGCAUUGAAGUUCAAACUAACCUUUUAUAUUAGGUUUUUAUUUCUGCCAUCCCACUGUUGCUGUCAUCAGUCGCUUUUGAAUAAUUUGUUAUGGGCAAAGAGGAAGUUUUGAAUAGCAAGCAUCGCCAUCAAAUAGGUGCCACAUAAACUUGUCGAAAAAUUUGUAAACGCCUUGGCGUUUUGAGUAGAUAGGAUACAUGUAUUUGACACUUUCAUUAGCUUUUUCUCGAUGAAAAUUUUUAACAUUUAUCAAAUAAAUCGGAUUAGACCAGAAAACCAGAAGCAAGCACACAGUGUAAUUAUAUAAAGUACUGAAGAAAAAUUAUUUUAAAACUGCAGUGCUGAGGGACUAAAAAUUCAGUGCACCUUGGCUGUAUAAGUGCUACUUUACUCUACCGUACUCAGUUUUUAACAUACAAAGGAAGAAUAACCAAAAGUCAGCAAUGCAAUUAAUUUGUUUUUUUUCUUGUUGUAGGAUAUAAACAUCCCAUCGAUACCAGAGGACAAAAUAUCUUGGUACGGUUUCCUUAAUGCUCGUCCAACGUGUCUGCAGUUCCUGAACACACCUAAAUGGUUUCUGUUUUUUCUGACUCAGUAUUAUUUCACACAAAGUUGUGUGAUUACUGGUCUGUAUCCUGGAAUUGCAAGCACUAUAGAGAAACGCUUUGCAUUUUCGAGGUAAGAUUUGCCAAAUUUUUGAACAGGAGAGCGAAUAGCUAAGACCGGCCUAAUAGGCCUUAAUCACGAUACCCUCCAUCUUUGCACGCGCUUUUGGAUUGAUGACAUCAAAGCAAUAGGGAGAGAGCGACGCAUGUUAACCGGAAGUGGACUUUUUCAUUCUCGGGCAAUGAUCUUGCCUAUGUUUUCAGGCAAAUCGUCUCUGUAAGAAUAAAGACUCUAAACAAUGCAAAUUUGGUAGCGUCGAGACAUAUUGCAAGGCAAAAUUUCUCACUUCCGGUUGAUGUGUUUCGCUCCAAAACGUUUUUGCUUAAAACCCUUUGCCGUCGGCCAAUUUUUAGGGGAAAAAACCGCAUUUUGGACCAUAUCCUUCUUUUUGAACCGCUUUUCGGCCAGUUAGCAUGGGAAUGGCUAAAAGAGAGAUUUCCAACACUGGGGACUUAAAUUUCUGCUAAUUAGAUGGCAGCAUUUUUGUUUUUGCGGGCAUGCGCAUUAGCCAAUUUUUUUUUUUUCGAAUCUGUUUCGAAUUUUUUUCUCGCCCUCUUCUUUUUCCAUUUGCCUUUCUUUUUAUAGGCAGUUUUCUUGCCCACUUUGUCGUCUUUCUUUCGCAUGAAAUUCAGCAAAGGAAGAUAUUUAAUCUGUAAAGAGUAGUAGGUAAAUAGCAAAUUGGUAGUAGAUUUUUUUUCCCCAUUAAAUGUUGCUUGUUUUUUUGUCUGUAACUGUCAGGAUUGGUAAAAAUUUACUAAAUAAGGUACCAGUGGAAAGCUCUAUCCUCGCUGAUUUUGCUAAUUACCAUCUGAAAGCUUUAAUGGAAAAUUUAAUGGGUCCAGGAAGAAUAAUAUACAUGGGUCCAUAUGGACCCAAAACGGCAAAAGCGGACGACAAGUAAGCUCCUUAAUGUCACGUGGUAUCUCAGAGGGCAGGUAGAUAGAAAAAUUUGUUAAAACGUUUUUCAAAAUUAUUUAACUCUGACCCAGUUUACCAUAUUUUUCCUUUGCCAUUUUCAGUAUGAUUUACUAAUGUCGUUUUAAACAUUUUAUAGAACUGGAUAGGCAUUUGACCUCAACAGAAUUGAAACGCGCUCAAAAUUAAUCUAUGCCUUAAAAAGCACUUUAAUUACCACCGAUGUAUAGUGGUGGCAGAUACUGUGAAAAGUUACUGAAGUCUGCGACAGACACGCCCAAAACAAACAAUGACCGAAAUCCAGCUGAUACCACCCUACCCCCCCCUCUUUUAUUCGACCACCUUCAUUUAGCCGACCCAGUCAUUUUCCAUCUAAAAACCUUGAUAGUACCACUCCCUUGGGUAAUCCCAAAGACUAAGUUCGCUGAAGUGGUGAUUUUGAGCCGAGUUUUUAUUGACAUGGUAUUUGCUCAUUGCGUCCUUAUUCCCUGCUAUGCUGAUUGGAGAAAAAAAAAACUUAAUUUGAGUGUCAAUGUAUUUAGCACUAUUAAUUACUAAUUGAAAACGGUAAGUUUACGUAUCCAACUGCCAUUUUACGUGGUCAUCCGAGCUACGCGAAAGUCUAGCCGCUUGCAGUGCAAGGGAAGUACCUUCAUUUCUCAGUUAUUCUAAGGCCCUGAGUAUUGGUCUGGCUCGAGUAACCAAGCCCACGAUCUCCCGCACUGCAGUCAUGCGCUCCAACCCGACAAAGAUAAUCUUGCCACGGUUAAUCUAUUUUAAUCUUUGUUUCUAAAUGAAAUUAUUUUAAACAGCUUCAAGAUAGGAAUGAUCCUGAGCAGUUAUGAAAUAGCCACGAUGAUUGUCACUCCGUUCAUCAGCUUCUUUGGAGGCUCGCGUAAGAAACCAGUAUUUUGUGGUUUUGGUUUGUUCAUUAUGGGCGUGGGAUUCUUCAUCUUCACUUUUCCUCACUUCAUCUCGUCACUAUACCAACCUGGUAAGUAGUGCACACACUACCAGGAAACCAGAAAAUUUGCAGAAGUUUUAUUUCUAAAGAGAUGAUUCGCAUAGGGACUUGCUGUUUUUUUAUCGUUGUUCCAAAAAUCUGAAAUAAACAUUCGUGCGUAUAGUAAGAACACGCCAGCCAGCGAUCCUUGAGCCGAAUAAAGUCGAACCUCUAUCCGUGAUCAUUCCAGUCUGGUAAUCGACAACCUCCCAUAAGCAACCACUUAUCCAAAACACCAACAUUUUCACAGUCACAGCCCUACAUUUGGAACCUCUUGUUACCGGCUACCUCCUGUAAGCGACCACUUGACGCAUGGCUUCAUCUCUCUGCUCGCUGUAUGUACUAGACUACUUGGAAUGUAUCAAGAAUUUUUAGUGAACACAUAGAGCUACAAAUACAGUAAAUCAAUAAAUUAUCUUCCAUUAUAAAGUAGAAGUAUCAGGACCUCUUCUCCGAAGAAACCACUGUGGUUCGAUUCUCGUACAAGCACCUCCCUUAACCGACCAGUAAGACUCCAUUUUGGGUGGACGAUUACGACUCUAAUAACAAUGUACGUUUCCAUUUCUUUGUUUCAUUUCCAGCCAGCAAUGAAACAAUCCAUGGGCAAGUCUUCUGUGGAGAUAACCUUACUACUUCUGACAAAAAAGCACACUGUGGAGAAAGCAGACGAGAAGGAAACAGUCUAUAUUACGCAUUGUGUAUUUUGGGUAUGGUUAUAGGUGGAAUUGGUAACUCUCCAUUAUACGGGCUAGGGGUGCCUUAUCUGGAUCAGAACGUAAAAUCUAAGUUGUCACCUUUGUACAUGGGGAUUUUCGUUGGUUUUGGCGGAAUAUUAGGUAAGGCAAACCAAGACAAUUUUUUUAUUUUCUUUGCAAUGGAAACAAGUUCUUAAUUCCUUGGUAGGAAAGAAUCGUUUUUGAGUCCACGAAUGCUUCAGAAAUAUCGAUUCAGCUUCGGUAGAAUUAUUAAGCAAGAGGCCAUUACGUCACUGCAUAUAACACCCUGAGGAAAAUGUUGUUUUGCUAUAGACAAUGCUCUCCUCAUGCGCAGUUUGGCUCCCGUAUUCUGGGGACAUUGACAGUUCCGAACUUCCCAAAUAAAUUACAAAACAAAACAAGCAUACCAAUUGAAUAAUGAAACAAACAUUGUUCUUGUUUCUUGAAAUAUCGUGAUUUGUCAGAUCAACUAUUUUCGCCUGCCCUCGUCAUUGAACUGCUCGUCACUGACAAGUCUGGGGGCGAUUAAAUGUCAGUAAUUCGCCAUGUUCUAAAUGGCGAGGGUAAUGGUACGAUCGUUUGGAGGGACAACAAAACCACAGCGAAUAGCAUCAAGCCACCUUUUAAAGAAGCUCUUACGGUUAUUAUAACUGAGAAAAGACAUAUAGACUGUACCUGGUAAUUUAGGGUCUUUAGGAAUUCUGUAACAGUGAAGAUUAAUUACAUUUCUGAAACUAUUAUAGCUUGGAACACAGCAGUUACAGUGCACCAUGUUUGUUGAGCCUCAUAAUAGGGACUUUGAGAUCCAACGACGCGGACAGUAACGAGAACGUCAAAAAAACAAUAGCUUUUAUUUGCAAAACAAUAACUUUGCACGUGCACCACGCUUUUUUGUACAUUUCUCUGCCUGUUUUUGCACGACUACGACGUAAACAUGCCUAAUUUCGCGUUUUAUGGAGGACGUAAACAAGCAGCGACGAAAUUUUAUUUCUUUUUCUGUACUUGUGUACGGUGCCUAGGAAUUCAGCUCCAGGAGGGUUCGCCUACAUUUGACAAAGUAAGUGGGUAGGAAUAAUUGCGAUAAAGAAUGAAAGAACGCAAAUUCACUUUUUAAGCGACGUUCUCAUUGCCGUCGCGUCGUUGGAUCUUAAAGUCCCUACUGUCCCUCCAAACGACCUCAAGAAGCUUUGUGAUCGCAUAUCGCACCUAGUUUUUUACUCGUUGAGACCACGGUGCAUUACAGUUCACGAACUGUUUAAAAAACGAGCAGGAGUAUAUUAUCAGGUUUAAAAACUCGAGGCGAAAGCGAGAGUUUUUAAGCCCGAUAAUACACGACUGAGAAUUUUUUGAACGGCUUCAAAAUCUCUGAUAUAAAUCAACUCAUUCUCCCUCCAAUAUUAUAUUUAGGGUUAUUUUGGUCUAAAAAAUUGGACGUAAAGUUUAGCCGUGUCUUUAUCAGAUUUAAAGGCACUCAUUAAACAUUAAUUUCUUUAUAUCAGGGGCCGCCGUGGGGUUCGCGCUUAGUUCUAUUUUCCUUUCACUGUUUGUGGAAACUGGCGUCCAGACCUCCCUCACUCGGCAAGAUACAAGCUGGGUUGGUAAUUGGUGGCUAGGAUUUACCAUAUUUGGAGGAUUUGCCGUGUUCUGGAGUCUAUGGCUUUUUGGUUUCCCUAAAAAGCUUCCCGUGACUCAAACUCGAAGGGCUGAGUCAACUUCUCCAAUAGACGCCGAUGUAGGUUAAUAUUCGACAUAUUCCCAUAAAUACCACUACGGAGCUUAAGCAAAGAGUUUUUGAGCGACGUGCGUCAACCGGGAUCGAGGCAUGUUCCCUUUUUAAAAUAUCUUGAUGCUACCAGGUUUGUACUAGCAAGCUUCUUAUGGAGACGAUUUGCUCGAAAUUUUCGGCUAAACCACUGCCAAAGCCGUCCACUCCUGGUCGAGGGGCGUCGCUCAAAAACGUCUUUGCUUAAGCUCUCUUCUGUUAUCUCAGUUGUACUUAGAUCUCACUCGUCGUAUAAAUUGGACAUUUAAAGCCUGACUGAUCUAGGUACGAACCUCAUCUGUUACUCAAAAAGUGUGGCAUUUCUCAGUUUACACAGUUAGCUAGAAUUGGUCACCAAGCCUUUUUGACUGCGGUACCAAAACUGUGAAACAAUUUGUAAGUUAAUAUUCAUAACGAGAAAAAUAUCAUCACCAUUUGUUACCAGCUGUUCGUCGUUCUGAUAAAGGGUUGGUUCUCUUCAUUUCGACCACUAUGUAGCGUUUUCACUCACGUGGCCAGGAACUAUGCAAAUUUAUUGGAACAAAAAACAGUUCACCUCCCACAGGACCCAAACUGAUCAGUUGGUUGAAGAUUUUGUCUAGACAAGGUAAACAGCUACUCUAGGAUAGGGGAAUUUGGGGAAUUUACUCUAGUAUAGGGUAGCAAAAUUCAGCUGAACUAGCUCUGGUAUAGGUUAAGGGUUCCAGGGUCCCAGCGGCACAUCCCCACCCAGAAAUUCCUAAAGUACCCCCCCCCCCGGGCCACAGGAUCACUGACAGGAUUGGUUUGCGACACCAACAACAACAUGACAACCGUUUCAUUGUUUUCAAACACCGAUGUAUGGCCGCCGCGACGUCGUGAGAAAACGCUCUAUACAUUAUCAACUCAACUGAUGAAACCAUUUCAAUGUCAAUGACAUGCCCUUGGUCUUUUUUCAGCUUGUAACCACUGAUGCUGCGGAAUCGUACACCAGGCUCUUAGACUUUCCAAAAGCUACGAAACUGGUUUUUUCUCGUCUCCCGUUUGUCUUUAUUACCAUAGGUGGAUGCACGGAAAGUUUAAUCGCUACUUCCAUUGCUGCGUUUGGACCAAAAAUACUCGAGUCGCAAUAUUACGUACCUGCUGGCCGCGCUGCGUUGUUGUUUGGCUUAGUAACCAUGUCUGUAGCCUUAUUUGGCAAUAUGCUUGGUAAGUCGAUCAGAGUGAAUGGGACUUAAAUAUAUUCUUGGUUUGCAACUACAUGAUAAGGCGGCCAUGUUGGGGGUCAAUACAAUAGUAUUUUUUCUCGAAGAAUUUACAUGAAAAUAGAGUUAAGUUUCCAGAGGAGAGAAAUGCUUUUGUUCUUGACCACCAACAUAGCUGCCGUGUGACGUCACGUGCAAACCAGCAAUUGUAUGAUAUACUGUCCGCAACACAGUCCAUUUUUUCUUCAGCAAUGAAAAAUCAUAAACGAAAGUCACGUUGUUUGGAGAAAUGUAAGCGAAGUACCCAUUAUUUUGGCAAUAAAUUGAGACUGGGGACUUUCGUCUAGCCUGAGAGCGUGAUGUAGAGAGAAGGGGGGACCUGGCAACUAUUCCUUUUUCUUUUUGCCGCUUCUUCCUCUCCCGUUUGCUUUCUCUUUCUCGCUUUUUGUCUUUGCCAUAGCCUCCACGACCGCAACAGAGCCUGCGGCAAGAUAAAUCAGCAUGAACGGCUUUCCCAUUUCAUUUGUCGCUGGGUGAUUUUAAGUCAUUUUCUUUAAUUCAAGGAGCAGGGACAAUUGACGCUUCGCCACAAAGGGGGAGUAUAAUGCAAGACAAAGCGAUAACACUCCCCUAUCUCUUCCUGCUUAUACAUGAUUGCGUAAAGUUCACGCAAAAAAUCCCUCUUCCAAAUUAUAGUUUUGUUUAAGCCAGUGACAAACUCAUGAUUGAAAGUGAAGACUUCCAUUUGAAAUACGCAUAUUUAUUGCUUUUUUAGGAGCUUACAUCAACAAGCGAUUGAACUUAAGCCUGUCAGGUGCUGCCAAGAUGUGUUUUAUAGCUGCGUUAAUAAGUCUUAUUCUAACUAGUUUCCUGUACAUCAAAUGUGAUGCGAUAAACAUCGCUGGAGUCAAUAAACCUUACCCUAAUAGGUGAGCAGACUGCCGCUGCUUAUUCGAGAAAUGGCUUCUGUAGUGGGUUUUCCAGAUGAAUUUCUACAAAAAAAAUCUGCUUUUUUUUCUUGGUUGCCAUGUGAUUGGCUUAUUAAAGCUUUGCCCCAUUCCAGCCGUGACUUGGUCGCAAGCGUUUUCCCGCGCUCCGUACCGGUUUCUUUCUGAUUUAGUUAUCGCUGGCAAGACAAGGGUCCCUUAAGCCGGAAAGAGCAACUUCUAUGUACUUGUGUAACCCGGGGGGGGGCUAAGUUUUAUAACGGGAGGUUCCGCUCCGCCACAGGAUCCAAUCCCUUAACUUUUUAUAUACCAUUUUUUUGAAAGAAAAGGUACUCCUCUCGUAUACCUCUUAUGGAUUAAUGGUACCCCUGAGUACUUAGUUUAGAACACUGCAACCCUUUUAGCUGCUAUAAAUGCACUUUCUCUGAAUAUGAGUAAAUCACCAGAUCUUGAAGUUUUCUUGACGUUUUCACUGCCACAAAAUGCGUCUGUUAGCCUUUUUAGGUCCUUUUGCAGAAAUGACAGAUUUUCUUACCUUUUUAUGUACUUCGAAUAGUGAAAUUCCUAACCUUUUAAACACCUGAAGCCCAAAAAAGGUACGGCUUUCGGGCGGAGUCUAACCGUAUAGGUCAUUAUAGGGAGUGCCCCCGCUGUUUUCAAGACCAUUUCAUUUUUAGGACGAUUUAUGAGCGAAUUUAGGAUAUCGUUAUCAUUCCCCAAACCAGUCAGGAACCUACUGACCUGAAAAUGGUAUUUCUCGGCGUUUUAACGACGUUCAUGCAGUUUCGAAUGCGCAAAUAGACUGAGCGAAGCUUCCAUUUGCCCGGGAUAAAGUGCUCUAUAAUAUGUCUAAAAAUAAACGGAUCUUUCUAAAUAAGUUAUUUGUUGAAUGAGUUAAAAUUACUGACUUACAUAAACUAGCGUCUGACCACCGAGUCAUUGUGCGCAUUUUAAGAAAUAGGCCUCCGGUCAAAGGAAAAAGGUUAAAUGAAUCAAUAGAGAUUUCCCUAUUUUAUUGUGUUGUUUAAUGACAGAUAUGAACUGAUUUUUGUUUCUCACUGUUACAAAAAACCUUUUUUUCAUUUGGCGCAGUUCAGUCACAUUUCAGAAGAAAGCCAUUUGUAACGAAGCCUGUCAUUGCAACGAAGGAAGAUUUGAGCCUGUUUGCGGGGAUUCGCUGACCUACAUCUCACCUUGCCAUGCUGGCUGUCGUCAAAGGAACCUUUA